AUGGUUCGUCCAAGUGCCAACGUGGUGCAAUUGCUGUCGCCGUCGGUCUUGCCAUCUCAUGCGACGUUGACGUCGGUCAACAUGCGCGUGGCGUCCAAGCUGUUCCUUGUCAUGGGCUUUGGCUACAUCUUCCCCUACUGCGCCAUGAUGCAGCCAGUCGACUACUGGACGACCCUUUUUCCCAACUUCAACCUCGUCUUUGCCCUCUCCUGCGUCUACAAUGUCGCCAAUAUCCUCACGUUCGUUGUGAUUUUAUGGCGAAGUCGAACCCCGCAGUAUUCCUUGCAGAUUGUGGGCGGUUUUGCCGUCCAAGUCGUGGUGCUCAUCCUUGUGCCGUUGUCGUACUAUUUCCUUUCUGGCGAAUCCCAACACCUUGUAAUGGUCCUCACCAGCACAGGUGUGCUAGCCAUUGCCAGCUCGUUCCUAGACAGCGCCGUCUUUUCACUGGCCUCCCUCUUCCCCAAGGGAGCUCUGGAAAACGUCCAACUCGGCAUCGGCUUUUCCAACCUCAUCACCGCCACCUACCGCCUCGUCACCAAAGCCAUGUUCCCAUCGCAUCUUGUGGUCGAGUCGUCCAUGAUGUACUUUGGCGUCGGUGCCCUCACCGUCGUCGGUGGCGUCGUGGCCUACUUGAUGUUGAAACGGCUAGCCAUCGCACGCGAGACCCUCAAGACCGCCCCCCAGCAGCAGCAAUCCUUCCAGCGGUCGCUCUGGACGAAAAUUCUGCUCAACGAAGUGCUCUUGGCGCUGUCGUAUCUGUGCUCGUUGCUGCUGUGGCCGGGCGUCGUGUCCAACAUCCCGAGCUACAACUUUCCCUCCUUGAAUGCCAACGGGUGGUGGCCGCUUCUUCUCAUGGCUCUGUUUGCCCUGAGUGACGUGGUCGGUCGGUUCGCAGCAUCCAAGUGCCGUCUUGGCAUCACGCGCUUCACAGUGUGGAAGGUGGUGCUGCCGCGAUUCGCCCUCGUGCCGUUGAUGGUGUGCGCGGCUACCGGCCACAGUUUUACCCACGACGGGGUUUCGGUGCUGUUUGUGACGCUCUUGGGGCUCUCGGGGGGGUUCGCCUGCACACUGGCCGUGGUUGUAGUCAGUGAUUGCGUCGACGACUCAGAGAAAGGCGCCACGGGGGUCGCAUCUGCGUUUUUCAUCAACCUCGGCAUCGUCCUUGGGGCCACGCUCAGCGUCGGAUUGGCCAAUUGCAUGGGAUUGGCCCCGUUAUGA